AUGUCGCCUAAACCAAAGCGAUCAGUUGGUUGCAAUCCCGAUGCGCUCAUAGUUGAACUGGUCACAAAACUACCAUUCGGUACACCCGAAAGCAAUAAGAAUACAGCUCGCAUGAUCCGUGCAAAGAUUCUGAAAUUGAUUGCGCAUAAGAAUGUUCAAACUGAAAAUUAUGGUGAAUUUGAUGUGACUGAAACUUCCCAUAAUGACUUCCUAAAUGUGCAAUUCACAUUUGUGGAUUCAGUCCACAAAUGUGAUGACUUUAAACAUUUCGCUCAAAGCAGCGCCAAGGAAAUUGCGGAGAUCGGCAAAGUGAUCGUCACUUGUGGAUGCAUGGAACCGAUUGAAUUCGAAUGA